CAGUUUUGAAAAUUACUGUAGCUUAGCCUGAGACGUUUGUGAUUAGCUGCACCAAUUUGAAAUGGCCAGUUUGGAUGAUGACAGAACCUCAUCUGCGCAUGCUUUUUUAAAAUUUGGUUCGAUUUAUGAGCCACUUAAAAGUAUUAACCUUCUAAAACCAGAGGGAGAAAGUCUGUGGGAUAAAUUAGAUCAUUAUUACAAAAUUGUUAAGUCAACAUUGCUGCUUUACCAAAGCCCAACUACAGGUCUGUUUCCUACAAAGACAUAUGGGGAUAACCGAAAGGCAAAAGUACACGACAAUCUUUACUGUGCUGCAUGUGCUUGGGCAUUAGCCCUUGCUUACAGGCGUAUUGAUGAUGACAAGGGAAGGACUCAUGAACUGGAGCAUUCUGCUAUAAAGUGUAUGAGAGGAAUUCUGUACUGCUACAUGCGUCAGGCCGAUAAGGUUCAGCAAUUUAAGCAAGACCCAAAACCAUCUGGAUGUCUUCAUUCUGUUUUCAGUGCAAACACUGGAGACGAGGUCUUCUCCCAUAAGGAAUAUGGUCACCUUCAGAUAAAUGCUGUGUCGUUAUUUCUCCUCUAUUUGGUUGAGAUGAUCUCUUCGGGGCUGCAGAUUGUCUACAACACAGAUGAGGUGUCAUUCAUUCAAAAUCUUGUGUUUUGCGUGGAAAGAGCCUAUCGUGUACCAGAUUUUGGUGUCUGGGAAAGGGGAAGUAAAUACUACAAUGGCAGUAUAGAGUUGCAUUCAAGUUCCGUGGGACUGGCCAAAGCAGCUUUAGAAGCAAUUAAUGGUUUCAAUCUCUUUGGAAAUCAGGGUUGCUCUUGGUCUGUUAUAUUUGUGGAUUUUGAUGCUCAUAACCGUAACAGACAGACUCUCUGUUCAUUGCUACCCCGAGAAUCAAGGUCUCAUAAUACUGACGCAGCACUUUUGCCCUGUCUUAGUUAUCCUGCAUUUGCUUUGGAUGAUGAGGCUUUGUUCAAUCAAACACUGGAUAAAAUUAUUAGAAAACUGAAAGGAAAAUAUGGGUUUAAAAGAUUUCUGAGAGAUGGGUACAGAACAGCACUGGAGGACAAAACACGACGUUAUUAUAAACCAGCAGAAAUUAAGCUUUUUGAUGGCAUUGAGUGUGAGUUCCCCCUGUUUUUUAUUUUCAUGAUAAUUGAUGGAGUUUUUAGAGGAAAUCCUGCACAAGUAAAAGAAUAUCAGGAUCUUCUGGAUCCUUUGCUUCAACAUACUUCUGAAGGGUGUCCUGUUGUACCCAAGUAUUACUAUGUGCCAUCUGAUUUUGUUGAACUGGAGAAGAGAAACCCUGGCAGCCAGAAACGAUUUCCUAGUAACAAUGGACGUGAUGGGAAGUUUUUCUUGUGGGGACAAGCAGUUUACAUCAUUGCAAAACUCCUGGCUGACAAAUUAGUAAGUCCUAAAGAUAUUGACCCAAUCGGACGUUACGUAGCUCCCCAAGACCAGCGGAAUGUUAGCAUGAGAUUUUCAAAUCAGGGUCCUUUAGAAAAUGAUGUGGUAGUACAUGUGGCCCUGAUAGCAGAAAGCCAGCGCCUACAAGUUUUUCUGAACACAUACGGAAUCCAGACUCAGACCCCGCAGCAGGUGGAACCAAUUCAGAUAUGGGCUCAAAAAGAACUUGUCAAAGCUUACUUCCAGUUGGGAGUCAAUGACAAACUGGGAUUAUCUGGAAGACCAGACAGGCCUAUAGGAUGCCUUGGAACAUCAAAGAUUUAUCGAAUACUAGGAAAGACUGUAGUUUGCUACUCUAUCAUUUUUGAUCUAAGUGAUUUCUACAUGUCUCAGGAUGUUAUGAUGUUGAUUGGUGACAUUAAGAAUGCACUGCAGUUCAUUAAGCAGAACUGGAAAAUGCAUGGUCGUCCACUCUUUGUUGUACUGAUCCGUGAAGACAAUAUAAGAGGGAGCAGAUUCAAUCCAAUAUUAGACAUGUUGGCAGCCUUUAGAAAGGGAAUUGUUGGAGGAGUGAAAGUUCAUGUGGACAGAGUACAG